AUAAUUUUUCAGAAAUUUGUUCAAUACUGCAAUAGCAAAUACUUCUACCAGUCUACCAAUUCUACCUAAAAAGUCGAAUACAUGCUAUAGCCUAUGAUGUCUACUGAAAGUAAAGAUAUUGGACAGCUCGAUGAAACAAAAAAGAAGGAAAUAAAACAUGACACAGUGGAUAAAAAAAUUCGAUUUCCAAAGAAAAAUGCUCAAUAUCGUGGAACUGGCAAACUUCCAUGUCCAGAUUUGGGAGAUAACUGGAAAAUGGAACAAAUUGUUCGACAACAAGGAAAAUCUGCAGGAAAAUAUGACACAUAUUAUUACAGUCCUGAUGGUAUAAAAGUCCGAUCGAAACUUAAGCUCCAACAAUUUUUAAACAAAAGUCUGGAUAAUUUUGAUUUCAACACUGGAAAAUAUAUUGAAAAAAAUGAAAAACUUGAAACAUCACCAUCGGGUAAAGGAAAAAUGGAUAAAAUAAAGACAAGUGAAUUGAAAGUUAUUGACAGACCAGUGGGUCGUGCUAGUAAUCCAUUGAGCAUUAAAAAUCGUGUAAAAGGACCUUAUUCUGCAACAUUACAAAUGCAUGAAAGAAGAAGAAAACAGAAAGAGCUCAGUCAUAGAACACAAGCUGUAAAAUCUAAAGAUAUGAGCACAAGUGCUGCUAUUCAGAGAGCAAUCGAAAUUGUUGAAAAAGAUAACAUUGAUGAACAACCCUUCAGCCUUUUCAAGAAUGAGGCCUUGCUCCUUGCUGACCAUUUUACUGACAUGGGAUCAGAAUUCGAAGAUCUUGUUUUGUCUGCUUGGAAAUGUCUCAGUGUCAAAAGCAAAAAGCAAUUUGAACAAUACAGUUUUUUCCGGGCAUCAAGCAAAAAAACGAAUGUUAGAAAAUAUAGACGUUUUAGUGAAAUGAGAAGAAAACGAUGCAGGCAAUGUACUGGUUGCCUAACAAAUAAUUGUGGAAUAUGUGAUGCUUGCAAAAAUAUGAAAAAAUUUGGAGGGGAUGGAAGUAAAAAGCAAAGUUGUGUAUUACGUAGAUGUGUGGCGAUCCAUUCGUCCAAAAACCCUUUAACAAUGGUUCCCCAGCAAUUACACAGUUUUUCUAUUUCACAAACACUCUUGCCAAAAACAGUUCCACCAUCUUGUAAAAGUUUCAGUGACGUAUUAGAUUACAGCCCACUUGUGCCACAUUCUUACCACAGUGAUGAAUCAAGAGGAAUACAGUCAUAUGGAACAUUUUCUAAUGAGCAAUCAGCAUUCACUGAUUUUCAGGCAAGAACAGGACAGUUAUGUUUGGACAAUGAUGGCCAAUUUCCAGACAUAUCUAAAAGUCAGGUUAUACCAGAUUUACAGUAUCAAUCUUUUACCACCAUUUCUGUUAAUGAUGAAAUUAUCAAUAGCAAUAAUACCACAGAUGCGCAUGAGGAUCAUCCUGUUAAUAUGGACCAAAGCAACUCGCAGAAAUUGCAUAAAAGAAAGUCCAGAGUGCCUGUCUACAUUAAGCAGGAUAGUAAAGACAGGGAAAUGGAUAUUUUUGUUUCAUAAAUGACCAUUCAAUUUGUGUGUUUUUUCCUCUUACUACAUUGCCUUUGCUGUAUUGUCUUCAAUAUUUCAUCAUGCUCACCUUGAAGUAAAAUAGACACCUCAUACUAAUCACAAGUGACUAAAGCAGCUGGCUGAACAAUUUUCCAAAAUUAAAGUGAAAAUGUAAACUGAUG